ACUCCACUUUUCACUCAUCUGUUUCUUUGGAGUGUCAAAUGGAGAUGGAGAAGCUGAGGAAAAUGGUGAACCAAAUAGCCUAUACACCAGCCCAAGACAGGCUCCGUACACUCUCUACACUUCAACUCUUUCUAAUCCCUCUUCUCUCAUUAGCUUCCACUCUCUAUGGCUUCGCACUUCCCCUCCGUCAUCGCCUUUACCAACUUGGUCUGCUUCACGCAGACAGGUUGCCGGUGCCAGUGAUUAGCGUUGGGAAUUUAACUUGGGGAGGUAAUGGGAAGACUCCAAUGGUUGAAUUUCUUGCACUUUGGUUGGCUGCUGCUGGAAUUUCACCUCUUAUUCUCACAAGGGGUUAUGGUGGUGCAGAUGAAGCAAAAAUGCUCCAAAGGCAUCUGUAUGGGAUAUCUGUGAAGAUUGGUGUAGGUGCAAACAGGGCCGUUACGGCUGCCAGUUUUCUGAAAAGAUAUGGCCACAUCAGCCCUCGCAAGCAUGGUAACUCAGAUUUGGACAGACUUUUCUCUGAUAACAAAAAGGGAAAUAGUUCUUAUUGUGACCAAAUUGGGGUUGCAAUCCUAGAUGACGGAAUGCAGGUCUGUGCCAAAACUGCAUUUUAAGUGUUAACCACCUACUGAUCGAACAGGAACUUUGUUGUUUGUAUUUAGUAAAACUAAUUCGUGCUAUUCUUGGGUUAAAUUGAGUUUAAAAUGUUUCCCAUCUUUUUGUGGAAUAUGUAAUACCUCUCCAAUUCCUGCUGUUGUGCUUAGUUGCAAUCCAAUA